UACUCACAAAUGCAUUACGUAAAGGUCCAGUCUCUGUCGGCCACCAUUUUACUGUAUUCCUUCGUGAUCAGCCACCAUAGUUUAAGCGAUCAUGUCUGGUAGAGGGAAAACCGGAGGCAAAGCCCGAGCAAAGGCCAAGUCCCGCUCCUCCCGGGCCGGACUCCAGUUCCCGGUGGGUCGAGUCCACAGGCUACUGCGCAAAGGCAACUAUGCGGAGCGCGUCGGCGCCGGGGCCCCGGUGUAUCUGGCGGCCGUGCUGGAGUAUCUAACGGCUGAGAUCCUGGAGCUUGCAGGCAACGCGGCCAGGGACAACAAGAAGACCAGGAUCAUUCCCCGACACCUCCAGCUGGCCGUGCGCAACGACGAGGAGCUCAACAAACUGCUGGGAGGUGUGACCAUCGCUCAGGGAGGAGUGCUGCCCAACAUCCAGGCUGUCCUCCUCCCCAAGAAGACGGAGAAACCGGCCAAGAGCAAGUAAAAGACUCCCCCGCAGGCCCGGAUUGAGCCGGGACAAAGGGCUCACCUCAGAGCCAGCCACUUUUUCAUAUCAGUGUUAGUUUUUUUGGAUAAAUAACCUUUCAAAUAAGGGGCAUUGUUUUGUGUUACUGUUUCUACAAUGAAGACAUACACUCGCUUCUCAUCGGGACUAUUCAUAAACUGCUCAGUCGCCACUGUUGUGUUGUUGGCUCUGGAAAAUGGAGGCGCUUUCAGAAGGCUGGGAAUGAUGAAGGAUGAAGAAAAUCCCCUCUUAAUGUGGACCAAUCCUGAAGGAAAGGCUUGAUUUUAGUUUCGCAGUGCUGCUACAAACGUUGCAAAAUUGUUGUAUUGUUUCUGUCAUGUUGUUUCAAUAAAUGUCCUGUAGCCUUUUGGCA